AUGCCUCAAGCUCAACCCGAAUUGAAGAAGGUCAGUGCUGCUGCUCCUAUUCUGUGUCGCUCUUUUUUUGGUUCCGAGAUCUCAGCUGACGUCGUGUCGUUUCUACAGUACAUGGAGAAGCGGGUCUUUUGCCAACUGAACGGCAACCGCAAAGUCAUUGGUAUUGUCCGAGGCUACGAUGUCUUCAUGAACGUUGUUCUAGAUGAGGCAUUCGAGGAGAAGAACGGCGGAGAGAAGGUCGCCAUUGGCAUGAUCGUCAUUCGCGGUAACUCCAUCGUGAUGCUCGAGGCCCUCGAGCGCAUUACCGACAAAUAA